AUGCGCCCGCUUAACAUCGUUGUCUACUCGGUUGCUGUCCUCCACGCCAUGGACGUCGGUCCUCAACUAGCGGCAGCCUUGGAACAACACAAGGGAAUCUCGUCGCAGGCUGCUGCAGUGGAUUCACAGGUGUCGGCUGCUGAUACCGUGGACCCAUCAGAAUCCCGACGUUUUAAAGCUCGUGAUCUGUCAGACUUCAUAAAGGUUGACCACGAUACGUACCAUGUAUUCUCGACGGCAGACAGGAAGCUCGUCAAGUACCUCAAACAACAGCUGGAGUCGCACGGCAUGGUCGACGUAACGUCACUUCCCAAGCCACUGCCGAGACCUGUACACUUCCUUGAGGCUUUGGGUCUUCCGCGAGACGCGCUGAAGCUUACCUUCGACGGGAUGGACCCAGCGAGAAAGGAUGGCUUUUGGCUUAACCUACUCGGCGUACACGAUGGCUACAAUCAGCUAGGUCGUCUGCGCGAAUAUGAGGAAGCGUACGAGAAGCACAUAGCCGAAUUGGCCGAGUUAGCCGAAUUAGCCGAGUUAGCCGAGUUAACGGCCACGGGUAAGGAGUCCGUUAAGCCCAUUGGUAAAUUGGCAGCGAUCGUCAAGGUGUACUUAUCGCGCGUGCUUGCAUUGUAA